CCCGAAAACAGCACCAACAACCUCACACAACCACAGGGCAGCAUUGCAGUCUGUCCCUAAAGCCCUUCAAGUUGUACGGAACAUCGUUUCGCUUCACCUGUAUGUUCAUGUACUUCUACCUAGUUCUCUACCUUACUAGUAGUACUCCACCUGGUUCCACUUGGUAGUUCUAGCGCGGCUGUCCAGGAUCAGCAGCCUCCACAAUUGCUGCCCCGAAGACAACUUUCACAGCUUCGCACACAACCACCACCCACACCCACACCCACACACUGCAACAUUCAAAACCAACAGCAAGAGCAACACGACGCACACCACAGACGCUCAUUCAUCGCCGAACUACGUCUAUCUGAGGUACUGGAAAUUGCAGCGCGCCGCCAUCGAGCCCGUCGCCGAGGCGAUCCCCGCCCUUCCCCCCAAGUCGCCCAACAUCACCAUCGGCUCACCCCCCAUAAGGUAUCACGCGCGCUUUGAGGUUGACCAAACUCAUCCACACGUUCAACACUCUGUCAAGCCCCCACCAAGUAGCCACCGCAUUCUGGAAUAAACACACGCGGUUUGGAUCGGCGAGCCCGCGCUGACUGUCGAGCGCGCUCGCGGGCCUACGCUCGUCCUUAUCAGUCCAUCGCCUGAGCGGGGAUCUCAAGCCUCCUUGUGAUGGCCGUUCGUCGCUACACUCGGGACGAGCUCCUCGCUCUAUCGCGCAGCACUCUCGUUAGUAGGCCUGACGACCUUCCUGCCAUAGAACAGUGGAUAGAUGAACAACCCCAGGCCGCAAAUCACGAGCGCCAUAAGAGCAACGAUGGCGCACUUGGGAAGAGCAGACAGCCAAGGGCCGGGCUCGCAGGAGCGGCGGCAGCUGAGGGCAGUCCCAUGGGUGCAUUCAGCACUGGUCGUCCUACUCUAUCCUCGAGAGGGAGUAUGCUCAGGAAUGCUAGUGGUGACGAUGUCUCACUUGGACCACCACGGAACAUGUUUCCCAGCAGUCGGACACUAUCCAAGGCGGCUGACCAGCAAGAUAGGAAUGCUGGCGAUACUACGCCUCACGAUGACCCGGAAUCGAUGCGCAGUCGUUUCUUCUCUGACCGCCAGUCCAACCGCAAGAGUGCAAUGGAAAAGGAAGGCAUCGAGAACAAAGAUCGCUGGAGCAGCGUGCGCGAUAGAAGACUGCAAGGAGAGCUUGAAGAGGACAAAAAGACAUUCACUAGGCAGGAUAGAGACAACGAGGCGGAUCGCCGCAAUGGCUAUGGUCACAAGGAGGAUCCGCGCUGGAGCAGAGAUGACAGAACGAAUGGAAACAAAGCAGCAGGUGGUGGCUGGCGCGAUCGAGAGGCAGCCCGCCGCGACAGAGAUCACCAGGAGAGGGAACCAGAGUGGAUGGACGAUCCAGUCGUGAAGAAGGACCAGGAACUAGGAUUGACUGUGCGAACACAAGAUGAUUUCGAGGAGUGGAAGAGGCAGAUGUCGGGCAAGCCGAAAGCUGAACAUGUACUGGCUUCCGAGCCUGUUCCUUUGCCCGCAGCAGAGCAACCCAAGCCCGGCCUGAAGUUAGACGUGUUCGAGGGCGGGUUCUUUGGUGGCUUCAAGAAUGUCACGUCGGCGACAGCCCCUGGCGCCUCUGCACCAUUGAUGGCAGCCGCGUCGGCUGGAGUCAAGCCUUUGGGUAAAGGCAAGACCAGUCGAUUUGCAUCCAUGUUCAAGCCUCCAGAAGCAGAAAGUAUCCCUACGCCUGCACUGGCCGAGGAGUCGCAACCUCAAGCGACGAAUGGCGCAAGCUCCAAAACGGCUGAAGACCAGGAAGGCUUCAAUCGCGUAUUGGCGAUGCUCGGUGGAACUAAAGUCAGCAACGGCCCACCUAUGCCUGAGCCAGCACGAGACCUCGCACCGUCAUAUGCUGAGCCAGUGCCUACAUCGCCUCCACCUCCGCCAAAGAGCAUGACUUCGAGUGGUACCUUGCCGGGAGGGCGCAAGAGCCGCUUCACGGACAUGUUUGCACAAGAGAAGAACCCUGAACGCAUGCAAUCCACACAAUCAGGCAGUCCGCCUCUCCAGGGAGACGGCUCAUUAGAGGGCUCCAGAAGGAGUCCUCCCGAGGACAAUGGUCUGUACGUGAAGCAACGGUUGCCAGCUCGACCGCCCAGUCACCAGAACAUUUCUCGGCCACAAGGUCCAGAAUCAGCAAUGUCGCCUGACCCAAGCGGCAUUCCCUUCAAUGCGCUACGCGAGCAGCAGCCGCGCCCAUCCUCGGGCCGUCCCAACGAUCAUUACAACAGGUUCGAGCCACCCUUGCGUGGUGCGGCUUCGCCUGAUCGCAAUAUUCAAGAUUUGCUCGCACAGCCGCGCCAUAGACCACAGCCGACCAGCUCUCAGAGCCAGGACCUGCUGAAUCUGCUCAAAAAUCCGGCUUCACGACCACAAUCUCAGCAAGCGCUUCCAGUGAACGGUGGUAUUGAUCAAGCAGACCUUGAGCGUUGGCUGCAACAUCAACAACCUACACAAAGUCAUGCACCGACUCAGACGCUUGCGCCGAAGCCACGUGGUCCCCAGCAACCCCCCGGAGGCUUUGAGGAACAGCUGAUGCGCAACUACGGUCAAGAGCAGCAGCGUCACGAGCAAAUGUCGCAAUUGCAGGACCGACAGCAGACCCGCGCGCCACCAGGAUUCUACAAUCACGAACAGCAGGACGCCAUGUUCGCACAGCAACAACGUCAUAUGAACCAGCGACAGCAGAUGCAGCAGCAGCAACAACAGCAGCAGCAGCCACCGCGGCGCAUGUCUGGCCACCCUGUACUCCAGCAAAUGCAUAUCCCCCCACAACACAGUCAGCCGGACUUUCAUCAGCUCACCUCCCCUAUCGGUGGCGGAGCACCACCGCCUCCAGGAUUCAAUCAGAUGCCACGAUUUCCUCCCGGCUUUGCCAACGUGAGCAACUUUCCACCGCAGCAACGAGAGCAGCCGCCGCCCGGUUUCAACGGUGGUCCCAUGUCCCCUCCCGCAUUGAGCGGAGGUGCACCCCCUGGCUUCUUUGGAGGACCCCCGAGUCUCCCUCCGGGCUUU